AUGGAUCAGUCACAAAAUCACCAGCUGCAAGGGCACUCUUCCCCAUUGCCAGGACAGCCACAGCAAGACUCUCAGCUCGACCCUGCCGCCCAAAAUGUUCUUGCCGAAGCUCGAAAGAACCUCCAGGUCCUCAUCGACUCCGGCAUCUCCAAGGAUCUGCUGCAUCAGUGGGUAGAAGACAGCCCUCCUUUGCAGCUCAACUUUCCUAUCCAGUCCACCCUCGCCGCCAGCCAACAGUCAAACGUACUUCAGAUCCCCCCUCAACCUCAGGGGCCGCCGCCCCCGCCGCCUUCGCGAUCGCCCUCCGCCCUACCCUCCCACGGCUCCUUCUCCUCGAAUGCCAGCGCAUCCUCGCCCUCGACCGCCUCGUCAACACCGACACCUACCGGCGGACUUCAUACCGAGAUCAAGACCGAGCCCAGACAAGACACGGCUACCCCGACCUGGAACCCCGCCAUGCAUGCCUCUGCGACUCCUUACUUGGCCAUUCCUGAGCAGGCCGAUAGCACCGUCUUCUUGCCGCCGUCCUACCCCUACGCACAUCGCACCAGGAUGUCGGUUUCAUCCACCAGCUCCGGCUCCUCUGGUCACGCCUCGCUCUGGUCCGUCAAUUCGGCGCGCUCUUCCAUGUCUUGGCAGUCCGGCAUCAGCGCUCGAUCCAUGGGCCCCCCUCUAGCUUCAGCCAGUGGCGCACCCGUCAUCAACGGCUCUCAAGUGACGCCCUCGAGUGGCAACAAGCAAAAUGUCUACUGGUGCACCUCGUGUGAGACUAGCUUCAAGCGCAAGUACGACUGGAAGCGACACGAAGACGAGUUUCACGAGCGCUGGAGAAAAUAUCCUUGCCCAGAACCCGGAUGCAACCGCAGCUUCUGGGGCUCCAACUCAUUCAACCAACACCACAAACAGUGCCACGGAUGCAAAACAUGCCCCCACGCCGAAAAAGUCGUCAAGUUUCUGCGAAAACGCAAGUACUGGGCUUGUGGCUUUUGCUCCGCUCUUCACCCGGCCCGCGAACGCCAUGUCGAGCAUGUUGCACGCCAUUUCGAGUCUGGUCUAGGCAAAAACGACUGGAUGCACUCACGCGUCGUCUAUGGCCUCCUUCACCAGCCGCUCAUUCAUACUGCCUGGGACACGUUGGUCGCGGAAAAGCACACUUCCUACGGAGGCAGACGACCACAAUUUAGUUGGCACCCCAGCAAGACUGGCCGCGCCCAGGGCUUCCUUGAGAAGGAGAGCCCCGGCCAGCUGCAAGAUUUGUUAGAGUUCUUCUCCGGUGAUGAGGCAGAAGCGCAAUGGAUCGUCUCCGUCGCCUACGACCUGGCAGAUGUUGUCAUGACCAAUAGCGGCAACGUCCAGUCGCCCAGUCCUUCCCCCUCUCAGCAAGCAGCCGCCUCUCAACAACAGCCGUUUCCGCAAGACAACUCCAUGGGCCAGAUGCGACCGCCCUCCAUGCUUCCGUCCAGCACAACUCCUGACCCGAGUCAAGCUGCUUUCGGCUCUUCUCAGUUCCGGACACCCAGCAUGUUCCCCCCCGCUCAGCAAUUCCAGGUUCCUCGCCAGUCCCCAGACUCGUCCUCAAAUUCGCCUCUUGCCAUGUCACCUCCAGUGUUGGCGUCGCAAGCGAACAACUAUGACAAGCGCGAACUCCCCCCUCCACCGCCAUUUCCACAGGCAAACGGUGACGCCAUGAUGGACUUUGAGUACUCUCCCGCCCCGGGUGGCGGCUUUGGAGACUGGGCAACCAUGACCAACUCGAUGCUCGCAAGCACACCAUCACAAUCAGGACAAAGUACUGCACCGCAAGCUGGUGGUGGUGAUUGGGGCAUGAUGGGCUACUUUCCCGAUCCUCGCGUCACCUCUGCCUGA